AUGUUCGAGCUCGUCCAAGCACUCAACGACGAUGCUGAAGAAUUGAAAAAGCGUUCACCAGAUUCCAUCAGUCUGAAUGCGGGCUGCGAACUUUUUAUAGCAUUUGUCACCUUAUUUCCGCAUGAAUCAGACAGCUUUGCGGAGCUGAAAACCGAGCUUGUAGAACAAGGCAGAAAAUAUGCCUCAGACGCGAUCUCCUUCCGCGAAAAGAUUGCUGAACUCACGCUCGGCUUCAUUAAAGACGAUUCGAUGAUCCUCACGCACUCAUAUUCACGUGUUGUGAUGAAAGCCCUACUCCAUGCCCACAAAACGAAGAGAAUAUCUGUUUACGUGACCGAGGCGCGGCCUCGCGGACUAGGGCUUAAGACAUACGAAGCACUGACUUCGGCUGGUAUACCAUGCACUAUCGUGCUCGAUUCGGCUGUAGCCUACGUCAUGGACCGAGUCGACUUCGUCCUCGUAGGGUCAGAAGCAGUCGUUGAAAGUGGUGGUCUGAUCAAUGCCGUGGGGAGCAAUCAGAUGGCGAUCAUUGCAAAAGCAGCCAGUAAACCCUUCUAUGCGCUUGCUGAAAGCUAUAAAUUUCACCGACUUUUCCCCCUAUCACAGUACGAUCUUCCAACGCACAAUCCAACGAUCUUGUCAUUCCCAACAUUGCCGCAGUACCCUACCUUUCUGGAGACCGACUUCGCCCGCGGUACUCCAAAUGUUCCCCCGUCUGCUGAAAACGAAAUUCGGACAUCCAAACAAUCGCUACCGACGGCGGAAAUGAAGAUGAAUGCGGAACAAAUUUCCCGGAAUCCCAGUGUUGAUUACACCAGACCGGACCUCAUUUCCUUGGUGUUCUCUGACGUUGGAAUACUGACUCCGGAAGGCGUCAGUCAGUAUCUAGUCGGCAUGUUCGCCGGUUAG